CGCUCCGGGCCGGUGCGGGGCCCGGCUGGUCGACGGGGAGCGACCGGAGCCCCGGCCACCAAGGGGUGCGACCCCCCACUGGCCCCGCCUUCCCGGCUGUGGUCUGGCCAAUCAGAGAGGCUUUUACUGGCGGGUGGGCCCAGCCGGCUCAGCUGCUCCGAGGCUCUGGCAUGUCGGUUCCCGAUUCUGGUCCCCGGCCCCCAGCAGCGCCUGCCCCCUUCCCACCGGGGCCCCCCAUGAUGCCACCACCCUUCAUGCCCCCUCCGGGAAUCCCCCCACCCUUUCCUCCGAUGGGGCUACCCCCCAUGAGUCAGAGGCCACCAGCCAUCCCCCCCAUGCCACCAGGCAUCAUGCCCCCAAUGCUACCACCAAUGGGGUCACCACCACCAAUCACACAGAUACCGGGAAUGGUGCCUCCCAUGAUGCCAGGAAUGCUGAUGCCAGCGGUGCCCGUCACCGCAGCGACGGCUCCAGGUGUGGACACCGCCAGCUCUGCUGUGGCUGGGACAGGCCCUCCGAGGGCCCUAUGGAGUGAGCAUGUGGCCCCUGACGGGCGCAUCUACUACUACAAUGCUGACGACAAGCAGUCCGUGUGGGAGAAGCCCAGCGUGCUCAAGUCCAAGGCAGAGCUGUUGCUGUCCCAGUGUCCCUGGAAAGAGUACAAGUCGGACACAGGCAAACCUUACUACUACAACAACCAGAGUAAGGAGUCCCGUUGGACCCGGCCAAAGGACCUGGAUGACUUGGAGGCUCUAGUCAAACAAGAGGCCAUAGGGAAGCCGCAGCCACAGCCACAGACACAGCAGACACUACAGCCGCAGCCCCCUCAGCCACAGCCCGACCCUCCACCUGCGCCUCCUUGCCCCACCCCAGUGCCUGUGGGCCUCCUAGAACCCGAGCCAGGUGGGAGUGAAGAUUGCGAUGUGUCGGAUGCCGCCCAGACCUUGGAGCAGGGGUUCUCGCAGCAGCCAGAGGAGGGCCCCAGCAGUUCUGCUGGACUGCAUCAGCCACUACAACAGGAGGAAGAGGAAUCAAAGCCAGAACCGGAGAGGUCUGGUCUCAGUUGGAGCAACCGGGAGAAGGCAAAACAGGCCUUUAAGGAGCUGCUGAGGGACAAGGCUGUCCCCUCCAAUGCCUCGUGGGAACAAGCCAUGAAGAUGGUGGUCACAGACCCCCGUUACAGUGCCUUGCCCAAACUGAGUGAGAAAAAGCAGGCAUUCAAUGCAUACAAGGCGCAGCGGGAGAAGGAAGAGAAAGAGGAGGCCCGGCUGAAGGCCAAGGAGGCUAAGCAGACCUUGCAGCACUUCUUGGAGCAGCACGAGCACAUGACCUCCACCACCCGCUACCGGAGGGCAGAACAAACCUUUGGGGAGCUGGAGGUCUGGGCUGUGGUCCCCGAGAGGGAUCGAAAGGAGAUUUAUGAUGAUGUCCUCUUCUUCCUGGCCAAGAAGGAGAAGGAACAGGCCAAGCAGCUCCGGCGCCGCAAUAUCCAGGCCCUGAAGAGCAUCCUGGAUGGGAUGAGUAGCGUCAACUUCCAAACCACAUGGUCUCAGGCCCAGCAGUACCUCAUGGAUAACCCCAGCUUUGCUCAGGACCAUCAGCUUCAGAACAUGGACAAGGAAGAUGCGCUGAUCUGCUUUGAGGAGCACAUCCGAGCUUUGGAGAGGGAGGAGGAGGAGGAACGGGAACGGGCCCGGCUUCGGGAGCGGCGCCAGCAGCGCAAGAACCGGGAGGCCUUCCAGACCUUCCUGGACGAGCUGCACGAGACAGGGCAGCUGCACUCCAUGUCCACCUGGAUGGAACUGUACCCGGCGGUCAGCACUGAUGUCCGCUUUGCCAACAUGCUGGGCCAGCCGGGUAAGGCAGCCAGGCUCCCCUUCUCUGGCCUGGCUUCCUGCCCUGCCGGCCUCUCUGCACCCAUACUCUUGGGUCCUGUCCUUGACCCUGCCCCUAGGCCUUGGGAAGCUGCCGCCUGCCAGGCCCCCCUCCCUCCCUCCCCUGCAGGCUCCACUCCUCUGGACCUGUUCAAGUUCUAUGUGGAGGAGUUGAAGGCACGAUUCCAUGAUGAGAAGAAGAUCAUUAAGGACAUCCUUAAGGACCGGGGCUUCUGUGUGGAGGUGAACACAGCCUUUGAGGACUUCGCCCACGUCAUAAGCUUUGACAAGAGGGCUGCUGCGCUGGACGCAGGCAACAUCAAGCUGACCUUCAAUAGUCUACUGGAGAAGGCAGAAGCGCGGGAGAGAGAGCGAGAGAAGGAGGAGGCACGAAGGCUGCGGCGCAGGGAAGCUGCCUUUCGAAGCAUGCUGAGGCAGGCCGUGCCUGCUCUGGAGCUGGGCACUGCCUGGGAAGAGGUCCGUGAGCGCUUUGUGUGCGACUCAGCCUUUGAGCAGAUCACCCUGGAGUCGGAGCGGAUCCGGCUCUUCCGGGAGUUCCUGCAGGUACUAGAGACUGAGUGCCAGCACCUCCACACCAAAGGCCGAAAGCACACCAGAAAGGGCAAGAAGCACCAUCGCAAGCGUUCCCACUCGCCCUCAGGCUCCGAGUCGGAAGAGGAGGAGCUGCCCCCACCAUCUCUCCGGCCCCCCAAGCGGAGGCGGCAGAACCCCUCCGAAUCUGGCUCUGAGCCUUCUUCCUCACUUGAUUCAGUUGAAAGUGGGGGUGCUGUCCUUGGAGGACGGGGCUCCCCAUCCUCCCGCCUUCUCCUUGGAUCAGAUCAUGGCCUUCGGAAAGCCAAGAAACCAAAAAAGAAAACUAAAAAGAGAAGACACAAGUCGAACAGUCCCGAGAGUGUGACAGACCCUGAGGAGAAAGCUGGCAAGGAGAGUGAUGAGAAAGAACCAGAACAGGACAAGGACAGGGAGCUCCGGCUGACAGAGCUCCCUAAUCGCUCCCCAGGUUUUGGAAUCAAGAAGGAGAAGACGGGCUGGGACACGUCAGAAAGUGAGCUGAGUGAGGGUGAGCUGGAAAGGCGGCGGCGGACACUCCUGCAGCAGCUGGAUGACCACCAGUGACCCAACAAGCUGCUCGGCCUUGGGUCUGUGUGAGGCUGUGGCUACUAGGUCACCCUCACUGUCUGCCCCAGGCGCCUUCCUUAGUCUGGUCUAUGUCCAUUUUUCCUCAAGUAACCACCCCAACACGCCAUUGCCGGCACCUUCUGAGGUUGCUCGUUGUGAUGAAGGGCCCCCAUUUCCCGGACAACUAGUGCAGUCCUUGCCCUCAGCCCCACGUGAGAUUGGUGGUGUAUGCCACGUGGGGUGGGUGGUGCCAGUAGAUAGAUUGUGAGAAGGGGCCUCCAGGGGAGUGACAGGCUGGUGGACACAGCCUGGGUGGCAGAGGGCAGCUUCCUUACCCUCUAGCAUCAGUGCCUGCUCCUGCCUGCCCAGGUCCUGGGGCUCCACCACUCCUUCCCUCCAGCCUUGGGACCCAGUUUAUGUGUGUUUUUGUUUGGUUUUGUUUUAUAAAUAAUAUUUAUAA